AUGCGAACAUUGGAAUGGGAUGAUAUGGGAGUGAAAAUCGAUGGUCGGCAGUUACACCAUCUUCGCUUUGCCGAUGACAUCGUCCUUAUAACACCAAACAUUAGCCAAGCGGAGCGUAUCCUUGACGACUUUGAUAAAGCCUGUGGAAAGAUUGGUCUUCGGCUAAAUCUCACAAAAACGAUGUUCAUGAAGAACGGAUUGGUUUCGCAUGCCCCAUUCACGCUCAACGGAACGAAUAUCUGCGAAUGCUCCAGUUAUAUCUAUCUAGGUCGGGAAAUCAGUAUGAUGAACGACCUAGCUCCAGAGUUGAGGUUGAGCAGAAGAAAACGAGCGGCUUGGAGAACUUUCAAGAGCAUUGAGGAUGUAGUGAAGAGGACAGAGAACACCCGACUCCAUGCCCACCUUUUUGACUCAACGGUACUUCUUGCCCUAACGUAUGCGUGA